AUGAAGGCUCCUGGCGUGUUAGGAAGGCUCUUCGUGCUUUUCGCGCUAACUCAUGGUUUAGAUGAUGUUUCAAUCAACGACAACUAUACCCUACAAGUUGCUAAAGCUGAAAACGUGGUGCCUUCCUGGCCAUCUCUUUCUCUUGCUGCACACAUACAAAACAGUUGUGAGGUGAACAUUUCCAGUGCUACAAUUGCAAUAGUUGGGAUUAUUUUUCUCUUAAUAAAUUUAGUAAUUAAUAGCAUGUCUUUCAAGAGUUGUCAGUUAUUCCAGUCACCAGACUUAUGCAUUUACGUGGGCUCUACAUCAAUGGGCCUUGUGUCUUUAAUGCUGAUUCUCACUCUUCUGGAAUUGUGCAUAAACAUCUCCAUCAUAGUCAUGUGGUGCAAGAAAAACUGCUGUAAUUCAAGAGAGGCAAUUUCCUCACCUCCUAAUUCUGUGGAAUAGAGAACGCCUCCUGAUGAAAGCAAUUCUGAGGAAGGACAUUGAACCUCGCUUCUCCAAUGAGGCAGAACUUCAUCCAGGACCUUAGAGAAGAUAAGCCCAUGAACACAAUCCCCUAUGGCACCAAUCUUGAGAAACAUGGGCAUUUGAAUCCAUCCUUUCUGUCCUAAUUAUAAAUCCCAUUACUGUGUUUUUGUUUAUUAAGGCAUUCUUGGUUUGGAACUUCCAUGACCACUACCCCAAAGUUGUUCCCUAGAUUGAUUCUCUUUCUUUCUUACCUCCCUAUUCCUCUACCUUAUGAGAUUGAAGGAAGGCAGGUAGUAUAAUCUCUAUUUCAAGUAUUCGCUUUAAUAUGCAACUUCCAACCACCCAAUGCGGAAAACAAAGGAAUCAAAGUUUUUUUUUCUUUCAUUACAGGAUAAUUUUUUUGUUGUUGUUUUGUUCUCUUGGUUUUACUUUAGCUGACAUCAGCAGUGCAAAAACUGUUAAAUAAAAAUCAUCAUCCUCAUCGA